AAAAAAAAAAAGCUUUGAAGUAAUAGUCGAUUUUUAACGUCGAUUUUAGCUUUCAUGGAAAAUUUUGUUCCAGAGUGUACUUUUGAGUACACUAUUUCUAAUGUUGGAAAUUUAUCAUCAGAGGUUUAUACGCCAAAUUUUGCGACUACUGCGGAACUUUAUUGGCAAUUGGAAUUUGCUCAGACUACCAUAAAAUCUAUACGAACCUAUUCAGUUUAUCUUUGGGCAAUCGAAAAUCCAGAAGAACAAUAUACAGAAACUUUAUGGCCAUGUCGUAAUAAGUUAAUGGUAAAACUAUACCUGAAGGAUCCAAAAACUCAAAAAUUGAUUAAAAGUCAGGUUUAUUUAAAAUUAGGACUCUCUAAAAAAUAUCCUGGUAUAGGAACCGAUGAAUUUUAUUCAGUUUCAGCGUCAAGAUUUCCAGAUGAUAUUAUUAUUGGGGUUCAAUUUUCUAAAAAUGAAGUUUCACCUGUAAUUCAAGUAGAACCAUUUCCUGAAGGAAAUAUCCCUGAUGAUUUGGUAGAAGCAUGGUCAGCUCAAUUGGAUAAAACUGAAAGUGCUGAUGUUAGAUUUGAUGUACAAGACAAAACCAUUUAUGCUAGUAGCACUAUUUUAUCCAAAAGAUCUGAAUAUUUUCAAAAAUUCUUUCAAGGAGGAUGGGCAGAAUCUCAAGUAGAAAAUUCAUUAUCAAAUCAACCGAUACUUGAAUCAGAAUCUUUACCAAAUAUUUCUUAUCAUAUUAAAAUAACUGAUUUUGAUGCGACAACAUUUUAUGAAAUGCUUCGAUUUCUUUAUACGAAUCAAUUAAGAUUUAAUCAUUUGGCAAAACAUAAAAUUUCUCCACUUCAAGUUUUUUGUAUUGCGGAUAAAUAUCUUUUAACUGAACUUCGACAAAAAGCAAAAUGUGAAGUAUUAAGAGAUCUUAAUAUUAAUAAUGUAGCUGAGGGAUUAUUCACUAUUGCAUAUAAAUGGCCAGAAUUAAAAGAUCCUUUUCUAAAAUUUUUCAUUGAGAAUGUUUCAAGUGUUAGACAAACUUCUGGAUUUGAUGCUAUUUUAACAAAUCCAACAGAUUAUCCAGGAUUCAAAGAAUUGUUUAAAGAAAUAUUAACAGCUAUAACUACUGAUAUUUGAACAUAUUUUUACAAUUAAUGUAUGAAAUUAAAUAAACCUAUACAAUUGGUGGUUAAAAGGAAAAUCGCUGAAUUUUAUCUUCUAUAAUUGAUUUGUUUGAUUUGACGAGUCUAAUAAAAAAAUUAUUAUCCAUUA